AAUAGCACGGCGACUUAUCAAUGCUAACUGAUACUCUUUUGAUACGACAUGACAGAAGAGACGGUGAAGACAAUGCCAAAUAAUGAAGACGGAGCGUCUCCGCCGAACUGGAUGCUGCAACAUCCCAUGUAUCAGGAUUUGAUGCGGCUAGAUGUAGGAGACUGUGCUCAAGUUUAUACCGCGUUCCUGGUUUACCUGGAUCUCACUGAGGGACGUCAGUGGACGGAGGUUAAUGGAGUGGCAUGUCCAGAGCUUGAGGCGGUCUUGUUGGAGGGUCGGGAAAAGGAUGAUGCGCCGAUACAGACAGUGUAUCCCCUGCCUGCACACAGAAGCAUCAGCCACAAAGGUUUGCGGUGCGUCCUGAACCGUGGAGCAGCCACACUCCUGUGUGCCGUCGCUUCAGAUUCCAGUCUCGUGUAUCAAAGACUGUGCGAUGGCCUGCUGACGCCCGAUCCCCCAGUGGGGAUCCAGGACCAGGGCCGCAGACAGCAUCGAAAACGCAGGAUUCAACCGUGAGAGAAGGUCAGCUCACAAGGAGCCGCACCAGAGCUGUAGGGGCGUUUGACUGGAAUGAGACCGGGGCGUAGCUCAGUUGUAUGAAAAUAAGGCACUGUGUGGAAGUGAAUAUGCGCCAGUUUUAUGAAGACGAUAAUUUCAUAUUUAAUUUCAGCAGAACUCAUUUGCUCUUGAAAACGCUGCUUUGAAGCAUAUGAUCUGGCAAAUGGUGUACACGUGUUUUGUUGAUUUUGAGAGCUGUGAUGGAAGACCAAAUUUAUCAGUUUGACCAGUUAAAUACUGUAAGUGCUACUUAGCAUGUAUAACGACAUGACAUUUUAGUCAUUUAUCUGGUUUGCAGUCACAUGUAUAUCUUAUAGCACCACCAACUGCUCUUUAGUGAGGCAAGAGAAAACAUCAUUCGUCACACAAGACAUGCUCAACUGAUCAAUUUAUAGAAACUUUAUAAAAUGGAAAAAAAUAACUAAUUGCACAAACAUGUUGAGUCAUACAAUGCCAAUGUACUGUCCUUAACAUAACUGGCAUUUACACAAAGACAUCUUGCAACUUUUAAGUGAAAUAAAAUAUGUUUUUGCGUGCUUUGUUAAAAUAUGAAUGUUUGUGUUUGACAGAGCACUUGCAAAGGACUUUUAGUCUAUGUACACUGAGGCUGUCUGUCUAGGAUGCUAGGCUGUCAAUAAUUCAUUGAACAUGGGUCUUUUUGUUUUUUAAUUCUUUCUCUUAAUAUGAACUGGAGCCAAACAUACAUCCAUUUUGACCUAUCAAAUAAGCAGUGACCAGAUGUUAAAGCUUGGCCCCCUCUGUGUAACUUCACUCGUGUUUUAAUUUGAAAAAGUAUUAAAGGGAAAUUCUGUCAAUAUGGGAUGUUUAUGCACAACAUUUCAGUCCCCAUGUUUUAUGAAUUAUGUGUUUAAAAAAACCUGUUCAGUAUGCCCUCUGUUGUUUGAAGUUUCUCCGUUUCUAAUGCUUCAAGUUGGAACAACAGAAACAAAACCCCCCCAGGCAGA